ACAGAGAGCGGAGCGCCUGAGUCUCAUCUACGCCUCUCUCUGUUUCGUUCUCUGCCGUCUCUCUGCACUCUCCUCAGCUCUUCAGAUUGUCAUUGUGCAGCUGAAACCUUGUUGGAAAAAUUCCCACACCUCGGGAUCAGAGGCAGGACAAAGAAGAAGAGAAGACUGUUCAGGGAAUAAACUGGGGAUCCCUCAAAGAACUGAGGAGUCUUUUGUUCUUUGGAAGCUUUUCGAUGAUUGACCUGCCUCACUUCUGAAAGGAAAGACUGAAAAUGGGAGACUUAAUGUGAGAGUAAAAGAAAGUGAUUAAGUGAUGCCAAUGGAGAUGCAGCAUUUGGAAGUGAGCGAUUGAAGACUUAGUCCCAAUCCAUUACCAAGGAGAGAAACUACAAAAGCAAACAGGACAACCUGAGCACAGACUUUGAAUAAGAAGAGAAUAAUCAAGAGAUUAUUUUUAAAAAGACGCUCUUUGAGAUUUCCCCUGCCGGUCUCAGUCCUUCUGUCCCAUCUGCACUUUUUUUUCUCCAUCUCGGGCUCUGCUCCCUCAACUGAAACUCAGCCAUGCAGGUGUCCAUCGCCUGCACAGACCACAACCUGAAGAGGGGGAAUGGGGACCACAGCAAGCAGAGCGCCACCAGCCCCAACGUGGUGAACCAAGCCAGGGCCAAAUUCCGCACCGUGGCCAUCAUUGCACGUAGCUUCGGCUCCUUCACUCCGCGCCACAUUUCACUCAAGGAGUCAACGGGGAAACACACUGGCAUGAAGUACAGGAACCUUGGAAAGUCAGGACUCAGAGUAUCUUGCUUAGGACUGGGUACUUGGGUGACAUUUGGAGGACAGAUAACAGACGAGGUUGCAGAGCAGCUAAUGACUAUUGCCUAUGAGAGCGGAGUCAACCUGUUCGACACAGCUGAGGUCUACGCAGGCGGCAGGGCAGAAAUCAUUCUAGGAAACAUUAUCAAGAAGAAAUGCUGGAGGCGAUCCAGCUUGGUCAUUACAACUAAACUCUACUGGGGAGGAAAAGCAGAGACAGAGAGAGGACUGUCAAGGAAACACAUUAUCGAAGGUCUAAAAGGCUCUCUACAAAGGAUGCAGAUGGAGUAUGUCGAUGUAGUUUUUGCCAACCGCCCUGACAGCAAUACUCCCAUGGAGGAGAUUGUUCGGGCCAUGACUUACGUGAUCAACCAGGGCAUGGCGAUGUACUGGGGGACGUCUCGGUGGACAGCCAUGGAGAUCAUGGAGGCGUAUUCGGUGGCAAGACAGUUUAAUCUCAUCCCUCCAGUGUGUGAGCAGGCAGAGUAUCAUCUCUUCCAGAGGGAGAAAGUAGAAGUUCAACUGCCUGAACUUUACCACAAAAUAGGGGUUGGGGCGAUGACGUGGUCACCGCUGGCGUGCGGCAUCAUCACAGGAAAAUAUGAAAAUGGCAUACCUGAAUCUUCCAGGGCCUCUAUGAAGUCGUAUCAGUGGUUGAAGGAGAAAAUAGUAAGUGAGGAUGGAAGGAAGCAACAAGCCAAGCUGAAAGAGCUCAACCACAUCGCAGAGAAGCUGGGCUGCACUCUACCCCAGCUGGCUGUGGCGUGGUGUCUAAGAAAUGAAGGAGUAAGCUCAGUUCUUUUGGGAACAUCCAACCCAGAGCAGCUCACUGAGAACCUUGGGGCCAUACAGGUCCUUCCUAAAAUGACGUCUCAUGUAGUGUCUGAAAUCGACCACAUCCUGGGCAACAGGCCAUACAGUAAGAAAGACUACCGCUCUUAGACCAUGCCGGUUGGACUACCAAGAGGUCAGCCUACCUGCUUACCCUAGCUACUUAACCAUACUGCUACCAUGGACCCACUGUUCAAUGUUAAAGUCCGUGGUUCUCUCCUUGGGCCCCACUUCAGCCUGGAACAGACAGCCUCGCUGUGUCCAGCACUGCAUACUGUAACCUCGUCUGUAUGAGACGUGCCUGCUCAGAUCAGCUCUACCAGGUUCAUCUCAGGUCCAGUCCACCUCAACCAAGAGACACUUACCAAACUCAGCUUUUCGCAGCCUCAAAUGCAACAUUAGUUCAUAGGAGUAAAUCAAAACUUUUUGUGCUCCCCAACUAAGGUGUUAACCCCUUCAGUACCGGUCCAUUCGACUAUAACUAUGCAGAGCUUUUAGUCUUGUUACAGUUCAGCUCCACCAUCCAGAGCGUGACACCUCGACACAACUCCAUCCAGGCGCCUCAUGCAGAAAUUUCGAUGUGUUAAAUUCAACUUCCAUUAGACGCAAGGGAUGCUAGAACAGUUUGUAAUAGUUUUCUUGAUACACGUUCACACCAUUUCACACAUUUGCAGUCAGGAUUUGAGCUGCAUGGAAUGAAAAUCACUGCAGGAGUAUUUAAAGUAAAGUGCCUUGCUCAAGGGCACCUUGAUAGUAGUUGUUGAGUACGACUGUUUUAUUACUUAUUCACUUUGCCCACUCACGUCCUCCCAGCUCUCGGCCGGUGACUCAGACCCUCGACUCUCAAGCCUCUCCUCUUUAACGUCCAGACUUCCACCCACAAGUAAUUUAAUUUGAGCACACCAUUCAGAUUGAGCACAUAUUUUAUUCAUGAGGACCACAGCUGAAUACAUACUGUAGAUGCAAGCACCUUAGACUUACAAAUUAGAAGUACUUUAGGAAAAGGGGGGGGGCAUGAAAAAGCUUCAGUUGCAUGAACGUCCCCCAGUCCCCUCAGUUAGUCUUUGUGCAUUCAUCAAAUUGCUAUGCAGCGCAGCAAACAAAAUUACCAUAGGAGCUCAAUACUCUCACCUCUCGUGUCAGAGGGACACGUUCAAGUCGUGGGAUAAAAAAGUCUUGGUUAGUUUCCCGUGAAACUCAAGGUUCAAGCAUUGACACGGUGACCUGCACAUACUUCUUGAAAAAAGAGCUUUAUGAAUGAGGCCUCAACAAGCCGGUUCCCUUUUAGCCUGAAUUAGCUUUCAACUUCCUACAAAAUGUACUCAGUUCCAUAUUUACUAUAGUACAGGAUAGUAUUCAGUAGAUCUUAUAGGCUGCAAGUAUUAACCAACAAGAUGCAUGUUUCCCCUGCUAUAGUGUGCCUCUUUUUUCUUUCCUACAAAGCACAUAAUUAAACAACUGGAAAGAGUUUGAUCAAAAAUACUGCAGGCCUGUCAGCUGCCGGUGACCGCCUGUGAAGCAGGGGAACAUCAGUGUCAGUGAAGCUGGGAUUCUGUUCAGGGAGAGAGUAAAGCAUGUCGCCCCCGUGUGGUCUCAUUGAGGAGCAGCUGCUCCGCUUCUCUAGAUUAUUAGAAGAGAGAAACGACGCUUUGCAAAGAAAAGAAAAAACCUUUCUCUCAGUUUGCGUUCAUUUGACUCCUUUUCUGCCUGUGAACCGAACCUGCAUUGCUGAUGAAUGAACCUUGCAGAAAAGGACUUUAGCCUAUAAUAAAUAUAAUAACUCUAUAUAAUAAACGGAUGACAGACCUCUCAGCUGGUCAUGGUUAUUAUAACCGCAAAAACUGCUUGUGAAUGGCACAAAGAGGCUUAUAGACAAGGUAUCUGGGAUGUGACAAAGAUUACAGUAUUUAUUUUAGAGUAGUUAAUAAAAGUGAGAUUUAUUUUGACAUUUUGAGUUUUUGUUUUGAGCAUUAUGGGGAUGUUACAUGUACAUAAAAUGUUAAAGCAUACCUUGUAACAUAAGCAAAACCACAAAGAAGCCUCUCUUACGUAUGAGGACUUUAUUGUACUGUAUGGCGAAUAUAUAAAUAAGAUGUAAAUACUCCUCUGCAGUAUCACUGCAUCAGUUGCAGUGUUUUGAGUCAGUCUCCAUCCCAUCCUCCUGCAGCCUGACUUUACACUGUCACAGACUUCAUUUCAGUCUCCUGAAGGGUGUUUCAUAGAACUGUUUAUAAGGAGUAAGACUCAGUUUUGUUCAUUGUUUCGCAUUGUGACGUCAGAUUAUGAAAUCCUUAUUAGUAAUGGCAUUUUCUAAAGAACGGGCUUCUGUAAGUAAUGAGCUUCUGUUCAGACUUAAUCAUUGACCUUGAAUCUUUAUCUCUGACCAGGCGGCUCAGCUCUCACAGUCCACGGUUGUCACCUUCAUUCGUUUUUUUUUUAUCAUCUGGAAAACAAGCCAUCACCUAUUAGCAGAAAUGUUGGACAGGUUCCAAUCGAGUCACUGUCUUGUCUUUGGUGUACAUUUGUUGACUUCUCACACAAACACCCUCCAAAUUUUAAUCAAAAGAGAUUUUCGCUCUAUGUCGACUUUUGCCAAAAAUGCUGUUACACAUAUUGGAACGGAGCAUCAAUAAGCAGUGUACAGGCUUGCUGUAUUUAUUUAUUUUAUUUUUUUUUAGAUGUCUGGCCUUGGACAAUGGUGGUAAAUACAAACGGGGCGACCUGACCUCCACUUAAUUACUGUAAUGCAAAUGACCAUCCAUUUAGUAACAAACAACACACCCAGAGAAGCAAUUAUUUGCUCUUUUCCCUUAAAAGACAUACAUUGCUUAAUUACUUACACCCAUUUGACUCUACUUAAGAAAAUGUGGUCUAAAUAUUAAGUAGUGAUGAGUAAACAGUCAUAAAUUACAUUUGCUUUACUGUAACUCUAAAUGUGUAAUAUGUACUUAUGUGUACUUUUAGUUUGUGUUCAAGUCAAUAAGGUUCUUAUCAGUUCAUUCAGUGACCAUGUUGGAUCGCGGCCUGCCGGUGUGUGUGGAGACUUCUCCGCCCGACAGAGUGCCUUGACUUGUGACUUGUGUCCCACUACAGGAAAAAAACAUUCAGGGAUGUCUUUCAUUACGAGUUGUUAAAUGGUGUUUGGGUGCUGUCCUACAAAGUCAGACAAGAACAAUAUGUAUUAGAUUGCCUAAUCUACACUAUAUGUUACUGAUUACUUCAUUUGGACAAAAAUCUUUGAAACAAAGCAGCCUGACCCUCACAACAGUCUGUGUAGAGAUAAUAUACAGUAUACAGUUCCUGGAAAGACAAUGGUUUUGUUCUGUCCUUUAUUUAGGCCGUUUCUACAGAAAAAUCUUACUGGAAUAGUAAAAUCACAUAAGUAAAUGUGUUUUAGCAGCAUUGCUGAUGCAGUAGCACACAGUGUUUUCUCCUUUAAGUAGCCAUUCGCCUUAUGAAGCAUGCGUUUGUCUUUAUAAGGGGAUACAGUUUUUAACAGCUCCACAGCCUCUCCAACAAACUUUCUGUGCUUUCUGUAGAGGGAAGAUCAAGCAAUACAACUUUCCUAUGGGUACCAGUUUAGUGGCAUGUAAUGUAAUACAUUGAUAAUUUAGAGAAGCUGGUCAUAAUAUGAUCAUCAGUUUCUUCAACAACCCUGGUGAGAAGGUUUGACAACCAAAUUGGGACAAAGCCGGAAACAAUUAAGAGUUGAACAUUUAGCCACAGAUUAACUGAUUCAGAUGACAUGAAAAGUUUGAUGUGACACGAACUUCAACCAUGACUUCUGUUCUGGUAUGAAGCCAGCCCACAUCAGUUCUGAUCAAAAUGUCAACUAGUGUAACCGAUUUUACGGAUCAGUGUUGUUUUCUACAACAUGUCGAGUUCUGUUCUUGUUUUUGUUCAGAUGUAAAUCAUCAGUGUAUUAUUUCUCUCCUGGACAUGUGGUUUCUCUGUAAAUAAUCUAUAUGAAAGUGUGAUUAUGAAUAAAUGCAUUGCCAAUGGAA